UUGUUCUGCACCCCUCUCUCCUCCCCUUUCCUCUCUCCUGUUGCUCCUGUCCCUGGAGGCUGGUCUCUCCCCUCCCCUUUCCCUAAUAAAACACCUCUCUGCUUGAACCCUGUCUCAUGGCCUUUCUCAUGCCUCUUUUCUUAAAUGACAACAACAACCCCAUCUGGAAUCUCUAGCCCAGGUUGGCUUGAACUUUAUGUAGCUGAGGAUGGGCUGACUUCUGACCUCUCACCUCCCAUACCCCGAGUCCUGAGUCCUGGGAUUACAGAUAAGCACCCCACACUCUGCCAGCCAAGUCACAUCCCCAGCCUGAUUUCUUUUCUGUGUCACCAGAGUCUCUGGCAUCUUAUUUUAGUCUAUGCACUGCCGGAGAAGAACUCUCUGGCAUAUUAUUUAUUUACUUUCUUUUGGUCUCUUCCUGAGUCCUAUGGCCUGGAAUACUACGACUGUAAUUUCACUGCCACUCAUCCAAGAGGCCUCAGUUAGCAAAGAGGAACAGAAUCACACAGCGUGUGCACCUGCAAUGCACAUCCAGGUGACAGGCAGGUGGGCGUAUGAUCUGGUGCUCACACUGAAGGUGACAUACAGUGUCCCCUGCUGAGAAGCUGUGGGGCCCAUCCUGGUGCCUUCUGUACACUCCAGGCAAAUGGCUUCCCCACACCUGGCUCUACCCACCUAUAAAUAAUGAUGAUAAUGGUUUUCAGGGUGUGUGACCUGGCCAGGUGAUGCUAGGGGUCAUGGGUAAGGUCAUGGGCCUGGCACUGAGAGUCAGUGCCCCAUGAGAGUCAGAGGCCACUGAGUCCCUCCCCGAUGCCAGCUCUGGACCUCUGACAAAAGGGACAGAAGUAAGACUGCUCUCUGAGGAAGCCUUUGCUACCCAUUGCACCAGGCUUUGCACCAUCAUCACCUUCAACUGGUUCCCUCAAGCCAACACUAUGCCUCCCCCAGCCUCAGCUCCCAAGACUGCCCCACCUGCUCCUGAGAGGGAAGGGUACCCUUUGAGGGUGACCACAACCAGGCCUGAUGUCUCCCUUUCUUCUAGCUUCCUUCUGGGACAUCUCCCCUACUUUUGGAAAAAGGAUGAAGACUGUGGCCGUGUGCUUCAAGAUUUGUUUUUGGAUUGGGCUAAGAAGUAUGGUCCUGUUGUGAGAGUCAAUGUCUUCCACAAAACCUCAGUCAUUGUCACGAGUCCUGAAUCAGUCAAGAAGUUCCUGAUGUCCACCAAGUACAACAAGGACUCCAAGAUGUACCGUGCGAUUCAGACUGUGUUCGGGGAGAGACUAUUUGGCCAGGGCUUGGUGUCUGAAUGUGACUAUGGGCGCUGGUACAAGCAGAGAAGAGUCAUGGACUUGGCCUUCAGUCGCAGCUCCUUGGUUAGCCUGAUGGAGACCUUCAAUGAGAAGGCGGAGCAGCUGGUGGAAAUUCUAGAAGCCAAGGCCGACGGGCAGACACCGGUGUCCAUGCAGGACAUGCUGACCUGUGCCACCAUCGACAUCCUGGCCAAGGCAGCUUUUGGGAUGGAGACCAGCAUGCUCCUGGGUGCCCAGAAACCCCUGUCCCAGGCGGUGAAGGUCAUGCUGGAGGGUAUCAGUGCGUCCCGUAACACCCUGGCGAAGUUCAUGCCAGGGAAGAGGAAGAAACUGCGGGAGAUCCGAGAGAGCAUCCGCCUGCUGCGCCAGGUGGGGAAGGAUUGGGUGCAGCGUCGCCGAGAGGCCCUGAAGAGGGGUGAGGACGUGCCCGCCGACAUCCUCACGCAGAUUCUCAAAGCCGAGGAGGGAGCCCAGGACGACCAGGUCCUGCUGGACAACUUUGUCACCUUCUUCAUAGCGGGUCACGAGACUUCUGCCAACCACUUGGCAUUCACAGUGAUGGAGCUGUCUCGCCAGCCAGAAAUCGUGGCAAGGCUGCAGGCCGAGGUGGAUGAGGUUGUCGGUUCCAAGAGGCACCUGGACUAUGAGGAUCUGGGGAGACUGCAGUACCUGUCCCAGGUCCUCAAAGAGUCUCUGAGGCUCUACCCACCCGCAUGGGGCACCUUCCGCCUGCUGGAGGAGGAGACCCUGAUCGAUGGGGUCAGAGUCCCUGGCAACACUCCUCUCCUGUUCAGCACCUAUGUCAUGGGGAGGAUGGACACCUACUUUGAAGACCCACUCACCUUCAACCCUGACCGCUUCAGCCCUGGAGCGCCCAAGCCUCGGUUCACUUAUUUUCCCUUCUCCCUGGGCCACCGCUCCUGCAUCGGGCAACAGUUUGCUCAGAUGGAGGUGAAGGUGGUCAUGGCUAAGCUGCUUCAGAGGCUUGAGUUCCGGCUGGUGCCUGGGCAGCGUUUUGGGCUGCAAGAGCAGGCUACGCUCAAGCCGCUCGACCCCGUGCUGUGCACCCUGAGGCCCCGGGGCUGGCAGCCUGCUCCCCCACCCCCACCCUGCUGAGCCCUGGGGAGGGUCAGACUCUUCGGGCCAGGGCCUCAUUGGCCCCCAUUGCUGCCCAUGGCCACCCACUGGCACCCCUGACCCUUCUUCCGCCACCUUCCAUGAUGGCUCCUGGCGGGCCCUGUACCCUCAUCCGCUUCACACCCUCAGUGCUUCCUGUCAUCUGCUGGCUUUUCAGCCCUUUCUGGUGGGCUCUGCCUGACUCCCAGCCACUACCACCGCCACCUUCUCUCCUGAACCUCUGAACUUCUGCACUGGCCACACCCUCAAAAGAGACACCCUAACUCUUGCUCAUUCCCUAAAAUCUUCAAGUGACAUCCCGCAGGAAGCCCUCCUCACUCCCACGGCGGGCCAGGGUCCCUCCUCUCUGUUCCCUCGGUCACUUGUGCUACCUCUAACACACUGACCACACUGUAUUCUGACUGUCUGCUCACGUGACCAGCCGCCCUGCCAGGCUGUGAGUGCCACAGGGCAGGGUCUGUGUGCACAUCGUCUCUGAGGCCCCUGCUGCUAACUAGGGUCUGGAACAGAGUCGAUGUCCAAUAAAUGUGUGUUGACUGCAUGAA